AUGCGUGGGAGGACUGAGAGGACAAAAGGCUCGGAAUUGUCUAUGUUUGCACGUACCACGGUGUGUAAUGUGUUUUUCAUUACUAAACUUUGGUAUGUGUUGAGUGUUUCGCACUGCUCACGCAUUAACAUACAAAAGCUCCACAGGAUUCUGGCUGUUUUUGUUUUGGGAUCGAUUUGGGAGAGGACGAGCCGCACCAACUUGUUCCGACGUGUACGUGAUGGAGGUCUUGGCCUGUCGCACUUAUUCCUGAGGCAAAUAGUGAACCGGUUCUGCUUCCUUAGGGAUGUGAAGGACCCUUUUUUGCGCACUGUAUUACAGCUCAGACUUUGCAAACUUGUGCCGGACUUUGUGGUAUCCACCGAAUGUAUUGAAGGCGGGGUUGUCGGUUUUUUGAAGGAGGUUGUGAUGGCUUAUAAGUUCUUGCGUGCUCGAUUCUCAUGCGAAUAUCUGGCGGGAGUGAAACGAAGGAAGCUAUACAAAGAUCUUGUGGAUAUACUACUCCCCGUGCCUUUGUAUCGCACAAUAUAUAGUGCCAAGUCUGGAAGUGAUGUCCUGAAGCGUGUCAAACAUAUGUAUGUAGCUCCAGGAGCCAAACCCUUUUUCUUCAGAUUGCACACCGGGACACUAGAGGUCAAAACAUGGCUACAGGAAAAAGAAAUGUAUGUACCAUGGGGAGUGCACUGUUUCUUAUGUAGAAAGCCCGAAACCAUUGAGCACGUCAUCUUAGAAUGCUGGGAAGGCGUGUUCUUCUGGGAUAUAUUACAAAGAACGCUAAAGAAAGACCUCCCUUUAGACCCACAAGGAAUUCGUUACCUAACUGUGGACAACGAAGAAGGUGUCCCGUUUGAUGCUGUUAUGCUACUGGGUUUGCACUGCAUAUGGAAGGCCUGCAUGGCCGCACGACAUGUAGAUAUAGAUGCAAGAUCGGCACAAGAGUACUUCCGCGAUGCAGUAGGCAGGUUCCUGGGAGCACAUAAAUCUUUAGAUCCAAUACCUGAAUGGGUAUCGAGGAUCGAGCCACUCAUGAACAUGAGACGAUUUUAGCCAUCACACGCCAGCCAAAGUUUGGUUGCUCCUUUUACCCAUGCCCAUUUAUGUAUCUAUGUCUUAUGUGCCUUGCAUUAUUACUUUUGAUCCCUGACUGUAUUUGUGUUUCUAUGUGUACGUCUAAGCAGGCAAUAAAGAAAAAAAAGGGG